CGAGGGCCGACAGACGCGUCGUUCAGGCAAAGCUCUCAACAUCCUCAACGCGCAGCGUGGAUGGGAAUGGCUGCGGCCGUUUUGGUGAUACAGGAAAGGUUAGCUCAGGACCGCGCGGCUCCCGUGAUUCGGUCUCCACCAUACGUACGCGUACUCAGGACCGCACGAGACAGCGGUGAGCAGGUGCCCUCGGCGCGCCGGGCGUAUAACACGCUCUUUCCGGCGUCCAGACAGUCUACAGGGGCACUCUGGUUCUAGCUCACGGUUUGGAACGAACCACCACCCACACAUUGAUACGCACGAUGAGCACCGUCGCCGCACCGAGGAAGGUCAACCCGCUCCUUGCCGCAUACCUAGCGAACCUCGCUGCCCAUCCCUUGCGGACCAAGGCCAUCACGAGCGGGGUCCUGCAGUUCUUCCAGGAGGUGCUCGCGACGCACCUUGCAGGCGUCCCCGCGAGGAGGGUGCCCAAAGAUGCACCUUUCUACGAGCACGCCCUCGCGCGUGUUAAGAUAGAGUCUAAGGCUCCUAAGAUGACCCUGUACGGCAUGCUCGUGUCGGCACCGAUGAGCCACGCGCUGGUGGGUAUAACGCAGAAGUUAUUCGUGGGCAAGACUGGUCUCGCAGCGAAGGUGGGGCAGCUGCUCGUAAGCAACCUCAUUGUCGCGCCCAUCCAGAUCGCCGUAUAUCUGUCGUGCACGGCGGUAAUCAACGGCGCGCGGACAGUGGACGAUGUGCGGAAGACAGUCAAGGCGGGCUACAUGAACGCUCUACGCGUGACAUGGAUGACUCUCCCUCUUACCAUCGUGAUUGCGCAAAGAUACCUUGCUCCUGAGCUCUGGGUGCCAUUCAUCAACCUGGUCCAAUUCGUCACGGGGACAUACUUCAAUACGAAGAUGAAAAAGAUACGGAUGGCCAUGGACGCGAAGAAGACCAAGAAAGAUCAGGAGGACUAG